AUGUUGGAUUCUACUAGGCUUAGAUGGUUCCUUCAUAGAUGUGUAGUGCUUGAACAGGCCAAGCAAGUCCAUACACAGUUAGUUGUGAACCGCUUUAACCAUCUUGAGCCUAUCUUGGUUCACCAAACUCUUCAGCUCACUAAAGAGUUCUCUAGAAAUGUCGUAAACUAUGUCAAAACAAUCCUCAAGGGGUUUCAGAGUUCGACUCGGGUGGAUUCCAAAGGUCUGGAUGAUGAUUCUUUCUCAUGGGGAUGUCUUGUCCGGUUCUUGAGCCAGCAUAGGAAGUUCAAAGAAACGGUUGGCUUGUACAUCGAAAUGCACAACUCUGGAAUUCCACCUAACUCACAUGCCAUAACCUCGGUUUUAAGAGCUUGUGGUAAGAUAGAGAACAUUGUUGAUGGUAACUCAAUUCAUGCUCUUGCUCUUAAAAAUGGAUUAUGUGGUUGUGUUUAUGUUCAGACUGGUCUUGUGGGUUUGUAUUCUAGACUCGGUUACAUCGAGAUGGCAAAAAAGGCUUUUGAUGACAUUGCUACGAAGAAUACAGUUUCGUGGAACUCGCUUUUACACGGUUAUCUGGAAAGUGGGAAUCUAGAUGAAGCUCGCAGAGUCUUUGAAAAGAUCCCAAAGAAAGAUGUGGUGUCAUGGAAUCUAAUUAUCUCGAGCUAUGCAAAAAAAGGUGACAUGAGCAAUGCAUGCUCUUUGUUUCUGGCGAUGCCCGAGAAAAGCCCGGCUUCUUGGAAUAUUUUGAUCGGCGGGUACGUGAACUGCAGGGAAAUGAAACUAGCAAGAACCUACUUCGAUGCAAUGCCCCAGAAGAAUAGUGUUUCUUGGACAACAAUGAUUUCAGGGUACACAAAAUCGGGCGAUGUUCAGUCUGCUGAGGAACUCUUUGGACAGGUGUACAAGAAAGACAAACUCAUUUAUGAUGCCAUGAUAGCUUGUUAUGUUCAAAACGGUAAGCCAAAGGAUUCUCUGAAGCUAUUCUCUCAGAUACUUGAAAGCAACUCAUAUAUUCAGCCGGAUGAGAUCACGCUCUCAAGUGUUGUAUCAGCUAAUUCACAGUUGGGUGAUACAAGUUUUGGUACAUGGGUCGAGUCAUAUAUAACCGAACAUGGAAUCCAGAUGGAUGAUCUCUUAAGUACCUCUCUGAUUGAUCUUUACAUGAAAGGCGGAGACUUUGACAAGGCAUUCAAGUUGUUCAAUGGUCUAAACAGAAAGGACACAGUUUCUUUCUCAGCUAUGAUCAUGGGGUGCGGGAUAAACGGCAUGGCCACAAAAGCAAGCCGUUUGUUUAAAGAAAUGAUCGAGGAGAACAUCCCGCCAAAUCCAGUAACAUUCACAGGACUAUUAUCAGCGUAUAGCCAUUCGGGUCUUGUUCAAGAAGGCUACGAAUGCUUCAACUCCAUGAAAGACUACAACCUGGAACCUUCAGCUGAUCAUUAUGGGAUAAUGGUGGAUAUGUUGGGACGAGGCGGGAGGCUAGAGGAGGCCUAUGAGCUGAUUAAGAGUAUGCCGAUGCAGCCAAACGCUGGAGUUUGGGGAGCCUUGCUUUUAGCCAGUGGGUUACACAAUAGCAUUAAGUUUGGGGAGAUUGCGUGCAGCCACUGUGUUGAGCUCGAAACUGAUCCUUCGGGUUAUCUUUCCCAUCUUGCUAAUAUCUAUACAUCUGUUGGUAGAUGGGACGAUGCAAGGAAUGUAAGAGUGGCUAUGGAAGAGAAGAAACUGCGUAAGCCACUUGGGUGUAGCUGGGUUGAAGGUUCAAACCAUUGA